AUGCACUUGUCCAGCACAUCUGGGGAUCUUCUCGCCCAAAUACUUAAUCAUGAAUUUGGGCAGGCUGUCAUCAUGUGCCUGUCAAAUGAGCUCUUGUCUGCUUUGGCCAAACUUAAAGUUGUGUGUGAUCAGCACAGACGUUCUGCCAUUGAGGAAGCUGAAACUAUUUGUGGCAUUUGGAAAGUCGAGUGGCCUACCACAGCUUUCCCACGAGUUGCGCAUAGCGGCCGCUACUUUCCCGCAACAGCCACAACGUUCCUGCGCGUGCACACAGCCGCGCUUAGCGGCCACUUUUCUCGCGCUUCAUCGGCCGACGUUCCACACCCAUCCAUAGUCCAAAACCAACCCAAUGGACUGGUUCCGAAGGGCUUGGCUUCAGCUCGUGCACUGUGCCCCUUACCUGAGUAUGUGCCCUUAAUUCAGAUGACAUCCGGAGGAAGCCCAAGGAAGUCCGUAGGACUUCCGAAGGAGCGUGGGAAAGUCUGGAAGGACUGUCCGGAUCCGGAUGAGUGCGAGAAACUUCCAGAGGACCGCGGGAAAGUUCCGGAGGAACUUCCGGAAACUCAGAGGAAUGGAGGAGCGGAGGAGCGGAGCUCCGGCCUAGGGAAUUCCUCCCUAGGCCUGAGAUGGGUAUUGACUAAGUCGGAGGACUGGAAAUAG